UCUCAUUCCACGAAAUAUUCUAUGGUUGUUCUAUGGCUGAUAGCUAUUUGAAGGAAAUGAUGAUAGUAUCUUUCAUAUCCAUUUAACUGUUCAAAAGUUUUUUCUUUUAAGUAGACAAUCUUCGAAAUUUAUAAUUAACAAAUAAUCUAUUUACAAUGUCUGUUGCUGAAUUUUUAAAGGGCCUUCCAUCCCACGAUGAGAACAAUUUUGCAAACUUUCAUACUGACAAUGGGAAUCGAACAUGUGUCAAGAGACCAUCAGUCUAUCUUCCUACCAAAGAUUAUCCCUCUGGACAAAUCAUAGUUACUGAGAAAACCACCAUUCUAUUGAGGUAUCUUCAUCAACAAUGGGAUAAAAAGAAUGCAGACAGAAAAAGAGAAUUCUUAUCUGCUAAUGGCGAUUCCCAAGAAGAUGCAUCUACAGUACGCAGUAAAAGGCCACGUCUUGAUCUGAGUAAUAGCCUUUAAAAUAUGUUACACAUUUUUCAUAAAAACGUAUAUUCUUGAAUAAUCAAUAUUUAUAUAUGGUGAAACUCAGUUAUCCAUGAAUGAAUGUACUCACUGUACAGGAUUGUACAAGAUUGCAUUAUUGCAUUAUUGGUUAGAUUUUAUGAAAAAUAUUUUUUAGAAAGUUUAUUUUUAUCUUGGCUUUGUUCAUAAUUUAAAUAAUGUACAAAAUGUGAUCGCAAAGAUAUCUAUUUGUAACUUGAUAUAUUUUUAAGUAAUUCAUAGUAAUACACCAGUUUUAAGUGACAUGAUUGUACUGGUGUUUAUACUGAAUUUUUUUUUCGUGAAAAUUAUUCACUUAAAAAAGUUAACAUAUGUGCUUGUGUAGCAAAAUAAAUCAAUACUAUUUAAAGUUUACAUCAUGAAGCAUUUACCUCGUUAUAAGAUAUAUUUGUAAAUCUCUUUUACAAAAUAUUCGACGUAUUAUAAUUUGAUAUGACAUAUUGAUAUAACGUAAUAGCAAUUUAAUGUAGUUAUGAUUUUUUGUAUAUUGAGCCGAUGAAUUUCUGAUAACUAAUAGCAUUUUUAAGUGAACAGAUUUGGAUCGAUCUCGAGAUGAUUAAUGACAUCACUGUGUUUUCUUCGGUAAUAAAGGAUUAAAAUUUAUAUUAAAGUAGCAAUUAAUUGCUCUCGGAUCAAUUCAAAUCCGUUCAGUUGAAAACACUAAAGUUAGUGCGCACGCAACACUAAAGUUUUCAUACAAUGAUACGUGAAUAUUAUUGUACUGUAAGCAUGAAAUUCAUAUACUUGCAUAAGAUUUGGUAUUUACAAUUAUAUAUUUUAUUUUUAAUUUGUUGUAAUAUAUUUUUAUAUAAAAUUUCAAUGAAAAAUUUUCAAUCGUAUUUAUAUUUUGUUGAAUGCAUUGUAUGUAUUUCUUAUUGGCUCGUUGCAAUAUGUAUAUAAUUUCUAAAACAAAUAAAUAUUAUACGAA